AUGGCGGACGCGUCACAGCCUACAGCCCUCCAAACCGAUGCUGGACUCUCUUCACCUACCGCUCUUUUUGCGGGUGCCUCUGCUUGUCUUUCUGGACAGUUAUCAUCCGGUCACGCCGCCAUCAUUCCAUCAACUUCCGGAAGAGGUGAAGUUCUUUUCCCAUCCAGGACAUCUUCUCCAGGGACCGCCGCGGCCUCGCAUUCACCUAGUCCGGACACAUCUGCUCCCACGACCACGAUCCCGACCUCGACCUCAACCUCUACGGCUCCCACGUUUUCUGCUGAUGCCACGACUUCCUCAUCGUCCACGAUCCCAACCUCGACCUCGACCUCGACCUCGACCGCAACCUCUACCGCUCCCACGACAUCCUCUUUCGAUGCCACGACCUCCUCAUCGUCCACGAACCCGACUCCCUCAGCAAGUCUAGUAACUCCUACAACGUCCCCGGUAGACCUUCCGACGCGCAAGGGCCCCAAAGGCGCACGGAAUCUCGGGCCGAAGGAGAAGGGGAAACCGGGCCGGAAAUCUCAGUGGCCUCCCAAAAAACUCGCCUUCCUCGAAGCGCACCUCGCAGACUGUCUCGCCAGCGACAACCGCAAGAGUUUCUAUAACCGGUUCCUCUACAUCUGGUUCAAAGUGUUCGGGUUGGAACUUCCGUUGCGGGCAGAUCCGGAUGGUGAGGUCGACGAGAAGGAGUCCCUUUCGGUGCCAGAUGUAGUCGAGGAGUUGACAAAGGAACAGCGGGAGAAGAGGGCCACGGAAAGUAAAUCCUGCCAUCAGAUUCUCUCCAAUUGGUUCCGUGCCCGCAUGCAGCGGUGCUCGAAGGUGGCUGAUCCCGCUGCUGCCUUGGCCGAGUUCCUCGACGGUCCGUCUUCCGACGCGCAAGGUUCAGGUCGUAAGAAGCCCAUCCUACAGUACUACAGCACGCGGUACUGGAACGAGCGUAUCCUCGUACGAUAUCGAAUCAUACGGUGUCGACACGAGCAGGAUUGGGAGGACCUCGUUGCAUCCGGUCAGUCGGAAGGUCACAAGCCCCCGUUGAUCAUUUCUGCGAUCUCGGAGGCGGUCGGAGAGGCCUGGGCUGCAGAAUCCGAGGAAUUCAAGACGGAGCUGGAGGCAGAGAGAGACACCGAGUACGCGAAGGCGAAGGAGGCUCCGACCGAGAGUGCGCCCGCAGAGCGUACACCGGCGGAAUAUCAACACGCCAUCGAUCGCGCCGCUGUCCUCCUCGAGCCAGUGGUUAACGCCAUCUACACGAAGAUGGGCCUGGUCAGCACUCUCAUUAUUGCUGGCCCUAUGCCAGACUGUGGGGGGCAGAUCAAGCUCCGCGCCCUUACCUAUGGCCGUACGAUGGAUUUUCACCAGCAAACGUUCGAUGAGGCCAUGAGGGAUCCAUACUUCGACGUCUGUCGCGCAAUGCAUGCAUUCGCAAAGAGAUGUUUCCCGCAGUCUGUCUGCGACUCGAGAGCACUGCGACCCGACGUUGGCGCAAGCACUACCGAGUCGGGCUCUCCAGCAGGCCCACCGACAGACCUGCCACCGCUGCUCGACCCCUCGGAUUCCAUCCCCAACCUCGAUAUACCUCUCGACGCCGCUUUCCAGGCUCCCCACGCCCGCAAUGCUCCUCACGCCCCCUACACUCUUGAUGCCCGCAAUGCUCUCACUCCCAGUAUUCCCUGGGCUCCCGAUGUCCCCGACGAUCUCGAUGCCCCUAAUGCCCCUAAUGCCCCCGAUACUCCCAACACCUGCAAUUCCCGCAACGUCUCCGAUGUCGAGCGUGUACCAGAACCCCGUCCCGCCUCCCCUGAUGCGUCUUCAGAACCCGCGGAGUCCCAAGGUACAGCCAAGGCCCCACAUCAAGGGCCUGCUUGGCGACGAACUCGCAACAAAGCAGCCAGGCCUAAUAACCGCACGCCGGCACUCGAUGCAGAGCCUCAUAAUGAUACGCAAACCUCCACUAACGAUAUUUGGGUGCCCGAUACCCCUCCGGACGAGACUGGCCCUCCUAAUGCAUGUAGGCCACCGUCCUCCCUCCUCCCGUCCACCGUCGCGGAUUUCCACCAGCAGGAACAGUCUGGCACUGUUUCGAAGCCCGCUGAGAAGCACAACGCAACCUUCGCCCUGGAUCCUGCCCUUAUGGGCCCCGAUUAUCUUCCAGGAGCUGAGGGUUCCUUUGCUUCCGCUUCCGCCUCCGCCUCCACCGCCUCCUUCGCAGUCACCGCCAGCUCUACCUCCGCCGUCGCCAGUGCCUCUACUCCCUCCCACAGCACUACUCCCGCCAACGCCACUUCUGCCAACGCCACUUCCGCCAACGCCACCCCCGCCAAUGCCGCUACUCCCCUCAGCACCAGCGCUACUCCCGUCACAGCCACCGGUGCUACCGCAAUCACAGCCGCCGGCACUACCCCUGCAACCGCAGCUGUCAGCGCUGCCCCUUCCGCCGCCUCCAGCACCUCCAAUACCACUCCUGGUACCAACCCCGCCAUCGUCGCCACCCCCGCCAUCGUCGCCACCCCCGCCAUCGUCGCCACCCCCGCCAUCGUCGCCACCCCCGCCAUCGUCGCCACCCCCACCAUCGUCGCCACCGCUGUGCCAACUAUCCCUGCCUCAAAAUAUCCCGAACCGUCUCUUCCACAGUCUUCAGCAAGACCCCUUCCUCGUCGAUUGCCUAUGGCGCCCGGACCUCUCUCAGCGGCUUCGCGAACCACGCUGCCAACCAAUACGCCAUCGCCCAAUGCCGCGCAACACCACCACUCUCCCAAUUCGACAGCGCCUCUCCAUCCCGCUCCGGAGUCGCUACAGUCAUCGCCACACGUUCCCGAUGCCUCCGAGAAAGCGCCGUUGGAGCGGCUGAAGACUGCCGUCAAUACGAAGGGGCUCUGUCCGAAGAUGAACGAGUAUUAUAGGCUUUUUGCAGAUGGUCACAAGAAGGGUGGUCCGUGGGUUCGGUGUAUCGAGGCCUUCACUGCUAUCGAGAUGUUUGACGGUCAGCCGGUUGAAAAGAAUGGGAGAAGGUUCUCAUGUGAUGACAGGCCUGCACAGGUUAGUGCCUGGAUCAAAGCCGGCAGAGAUGUCGAGGACGUUGGCAUCGACAGGAUCGGACUGUGGAAGGAGAAGUGGUGGAAGUGGUGGCAGAACCUCGUGCCCGGUAGGAUGGUGGUCAAAGGCGAUCCACAAGGCUCAGCGAACACGGAUGCGUUCUCAUUGAAAAGUUUUGAUGUAAGUACGAGCUGUGGGAUUGUGCUGGUGAUGAUGACGCUGUCCUGGUGGGGGGCGAGUGCAUGGACUGCCGGGGGUACUGAGGUACGGGAAUGGGAGGAGGCUGUGGCAGAGGUGGAGUUUGUCCUGUCGGACCUGUUGAGGUCAAAGGAAGCAGCUGCUGAGAAGGAGAACGACGAAGAGGAGGAAGAGGAAGGAUCGGGCUCCGAUGAAGAUCAAGUGGCACAACCGGGUUCGCCAGUACUUGGGAAGCGUAAAACCAGCCCCAAUCUCAUGGAUAUAAUAGGAGUGCAGCUGUCAAUCCAAGCCCUGUCAAAUCCCACGGAGCCCGUCGACGAGAGAACAAAAGGCAACAUUCUUUCGAUCUUUCUGUAG